AUGACUCGUUUAACUUAUUUUUUUGAUAAUAAUAUAACAACGGAUGUGAUGAAUUCCUUAGACUGUCAACAACAUCUUCAUCAAGAAGGAUUGAUUUUACAAAAUGCUUCUGAUUUACAUUAUCGCCAAUUUAGUCCGUUGUUUCAAUGUAAUGAUAUGAAUCCAAAUUCUUUUGAUGAUUAUUCCCUUCAAAUAAAACUAAAUAAUUAUCCUGCCACACAACCUCUUCAUUUUAAUAUGGAUGUUAAUCGAAAUCAAGAUAAUAUGCAGAAGCCACCAGUUUAUACUAAAUGGACUGACAAGGAGGAUGAACUGCUCAAGGAAGCUGUUCAAAUUUAUGGACCUCACAAAUGGUCACUUAUUGCAACACAUGUACCUAACAGAACACCUAUGCAAUGUUCAGCUAGAUGGGUUGGUGCGUUGAAUCCGUCGAUUUUGAAGGGUCGUUGGACGACUCAAGAAGAUAAUGCAUUGCGAGAUGCUGUGAAUCAAUAUAUGAUGAAUUCUAUUGAUUCACAAGGUAAUCCACAACCAAUCCCAUGGAACAAAGUUUCUAAAUGUAUUCCUGCAAGAACUGGUGCUCAAUGUCAAGCUCGGUGGACUGAGGCAUUAGAUCCUCGAAUUAAGAAGGGCAAAUGGUCACCUGAAGAAGAUGAAAUACUUAAAGAAGGCGUUAGAUUAUAUGGUCGUUGCUGGAUUCGUAUUGCUGAAAUGAUAACUGGAAGAACUCAAAGACAAUGUCUGAUGUUAACACCACCAAGUACUACACCUUCCACGCCUGCACAAUCUAUUAAAAAUGUUGUGACGUCAUUACCUUCAAAACCAUCGUCUACCUCAUCAUCUUUAUCAUCGUCUCCAGUCUUUUCUUCACCAUCAUCAUCCUUACCCUCGCCCACAUCAAACAUUCAAGGAGUCAUUAUGCGAUCUUCACCUACUACAAAUAAUGGUGGUAAUAUUUCAGGUCAUCAACAAUUAAUGAUGAUCAACGCAGCCUCAUCUCCUGAGGAACGAUUCUAUAAUAAUAAUUUAUUUUACCAUCAACUCUAUCAAUAUAAUAACAAUCAAAUUUCUUUUUGUCCAAUUUGUUGUUCAUCAGGAUGUUUUCCUUCCACUAUAUCAUCGCCUUCCACCUUUUUUCUUUCUUCUUCUUCUUCGGGUACUUCUAAUACAAGUGGUGUAGGUGUAGCUUCAGCUGGUACUUCAUCAGAAUACUCUUCUUCCUCCUGCUUUUCCUCGACCGUUUCUUUUUCUUCACAUAAGAUACCUUUGUCUUUUUCUUCUUCUUCAAUUACAACAACAACUAUUGUAACUGUAGAUGGUAGUUGUACUGAUGCUGGUUGUGAUGUUGGUAAUAUACCAAAUGGCAUAAUAGGUCUUCUACACCCUGUACACGCUUUACAACAACCAUGA